AUGCGUAAACGUAAGUACAAGUCAAUGGAACAGAGACUACAAGCUCUGGAGAGAUUAGACAAAGGAGAAUCCGUGCAAAGUAUUUGCAAGGAUUUAAACGUGGGCAAAAGUACAGUCAACGACUGGCGACGCAACAGAAAAAGUAUUGAAGGCUUUUGUACACAAAUUGAUACCGAAAAAGUUCUAGAAAAGCGUUGCACACUAAGGAAGGCCAAACACGAAUUGGUGGAAGAUGCUCUAUGGUUGUGGUUCGUUCAAGAACGAAGACGAGGAACGCCAUUAAGUGGACCAAUAUUAAAAGAAAAGGCCAUGAUCUUACACUCAAAGCUUCAACCAGAAGAGGCGUUCGUGGCUAGUGAUGGAUGGCUCUCUCGUUGGAAAAAGAGACACGGCGUACAUUUUAUUGGAGUUUGUGGUGAGAAGUUAUCAGCAAACCCAACAGCGGCCACCGACUUUUCUGCAAGAUUUUUAAAAAUUAUCGAUGAUGAAAACUUUUGCCCAGAGCAAAUAUACAACAUUGACGAAACUGGGUUAAAUUUUAAACUUCUGCCUAGAAAAACAUUUGCCACCCCGCAAGAAACGUCUGCUCCAGGGUUUAAAACCAGCAAAGACAGGAUAACAGUCGCCUUGUGUUCAAAUGCUUCGGGGACUCACAAGUUACCCCUAUUUGUCAUUGGCAAAGCAGCAAAACCGAGAGCGUUUAAGAACAUAAACAUGGACGCUCUCCCAGUGUAUUAUCGGUCACAGAAAUCAGCGUGGAUGGACACGUACUUGUUCAGAGAAUGGUUUGUAUGCGAAUUUGUUCCCAAAGUGAAAAAACAUUUGGCAAAAUCGAAACUCCCCGCCAAAGCACUUCUACUUCUUGACAACGCGCCUACUCAUGAUGAACAUCUUCAGUGUGACGAUGAAAAAGAAAUUAAACUGCUGUUCCUACCACCCAAUGUAACCAGUCUUCAACAGCCGAUGGACCAGGGGGUCAUUGAGUGCUUCAAGAGGAAGUAUCGUCGUAAGCUACUUUCGGAAGUUCUUUCCAAACUGGAGACUGAUGACAGCUUAGACCUUACCAAAGUGUUGAAGUCAGUUAACAUGAAGGAUGUUGUGUACAUGUCGGCCAAGGCAUACGACGAAAUACCACCAUCCACGUUUGUAAAGUCUUGGAAAAAACUUUGGCCAAAUAUAGAAGAUAGCGUAGAUCAAAACAACACAACAGCAGAUGAGCCAAACAACAUUCUUGAUGGCGAACCUGAUGACAAUGCAGCUCUAUUGCACGACCUUCAGCAACUACCGAACUGUGGUCCCAUUGUUGAAGAAGAUGUUUUGGAGUGGAUCAACAUGGAAAAGGAGCUAGACAACGAGGUUCUGAAUGAUGACGAAAUCGUCGAGUGUGUCAUUCGCCAGGACAACGAGAUGAAUAACGACGCAGAUGGUGCUGAGAUUGAAGAGGAAGACGAAGAAAAUAAAAUGAGCCACGCUGAAGGAAAAGCAGCUUUGCAACUGGCAGCUACUUACAUCGAACAGCAAAAAGAAGCAACUGCAGUCGAUAACCCUACGUACGGGCAGAAUCAUCGGGGUGAAGAUUACUACAAGGCAACAGUUGUCGACGACAACGGCGAUGAUGCCGUAAUCUUCAUCUUCGAGAAUCUGUCCGCAAGGCUCUCGACCGAUGGCAUCCACAUACACUUGGACGGCACAUCCAAGGUAGUGCCCAGCACGCCUCAAAGCAGCCAGCUCCUAACUCUAAGUGCUGUUUAUUUCGACCAUGCUUUUCCAGUGGCAAGUGUGCUGCUGGGCAGGAAGACGGAACUUCUCUACAGUAGAGUAUUUACCUACUUGAAGGAGGUUCUGCCUGACUGGUAUCCCUCAGUAAUAACUUGCGACUUCGAAAAGGCAUUGACAAUUGCCUUAAGAAGAGCAUGGCCAGAAAGCCGAGUAGCCGGAUGCUGGUUUCACUCGGCAAAUAGCAUGAACAAGAAAGCGCGGACCCUGGGUCACGUACAGCUGCUACGCCAAAACCCUGCUGCCAACUACUCAGUUAAGAUGUCCUGUAAUUUUAAUAUUUGA